AUGUACAUUAAAAGUAUGUCAUUAGUACAAUUACUUAUUUCAUUCAUUUCAAAACAAAGUGUUCAAGCGUUAACAACAAAACAACAAGAUAAUUCGGUGAUUUUUUAUUUAAAAAUAUAUACAAAAAUAAUCUUGAUUUAACAUGAAAUUCUCACUACGAAUAUUAAUCAUCUCGUUUUGCUGGCAUUAUACUGUUGAAUCCAGAUUUUUAUUUCCAACAGUUGAUGAUUUUCCAACGGAUUGCAAACUACCUGAUGGCUCAAAUGGAACUUGUCGCAAUUUACAAUACUGUCCAGCUGCCAUAACUUCAAAGAAAGUAAAUUUAUGUUAUUUUGAUGGUGAUGAUGAGUAUGUGUGUUGUAAGGAGAAUGUUUGGGAUGACGUACAAAUGAGACCUUUUACUAUGAAUUGUGGAGCUCGUGCACCUCGUGUGGAAAUAAUACAAGGUAUACAGACGGAAUACAAAGAAUUUUCUUAUAUGGUGGCUUUGGGUUGGAAAUCUAUGGCUUAUCCUAGCGCAUAUGACUACAAAUGUGGUGGAGUUUUAAUAUCCAAUAUAUAUGUUUUAACAGCCGCUCAUUGCGCUUUUUUAAAUGGACUUCCACCUGCAGUGGCUUUAGUUGGUGGUACUAACCUCACUGAUCCAAACAAUCGACCCAUACCAGUUUCAAAUGUAACAGUACAUCGUGGGUACAAAGCAAAUCAGUCAUAUCAUGAUAUUGCUCUAAUAAGACUAAGUGUGGAUUCUGAUGAGACACCGAUUUGCAUUUGGGGUUCUUACUCUUUGGAUGAAGUAAAUGUUACGGCAAUUGGUUAUGGACAUACACAAUUUGCUGGAGCGGGCUCGGAAAGUUUACUUAAAGCUUAUUUAAUGAUCCUAUCAAACAAUGAAUGCUCUAAACAUUAUACUGGAAUAACGUCUUUACCGCAUGGAGUUGUGGAAACUCAAAUUUGUGCUAAAGAUCCUGAUAGUAUAAGGGAUACUUGUCAGGGUGAUUCUGGCGGUCCCCUUAUUCUGUUCUCCACUGACAAAUACGGCGUUUCUAGAAAUUUCGUGGUUGGUAUAACUUCGUUUGGUAGAGCCUGUGCUUUAGAACCGCCUGGAGUAUAUACUAGGGUGUCCGAGUAUGUUGACUGGAUAGAAGACAUAGUGUUUAAAUAAAAACAUUUUGAUUUCUGUUUAAAUUAAAA